CAGUUAUUGGUAACCUGACAUGGAUGAAACACAGAAUUUGUCCUGUACACAGACAUUUUUUGAUGAGGCCGGCGAUGAAGAUGCCAGCAAGCCACCAGUGACUUGUUGGCUAGAAAUAGCCGGAGUGAAGCACGAGCUUGUGUUUGGUGAAAAUAAAAUUGGACGAAACCCCAAAACAUGUCAGGUUCUACUGAGAAAUGCUGUGAGUGUGUCUAAAGAGCAUGCCGUGCUGCAUGUUGGUUUCGGCUGCAGUACUCUUGUGGACCUUGCGAGUCGGAAUAAAACCAGACUGGGCAAGCAAAUUCUUUGUCCGCACAUCCAAUAUGCUAUUACCGGAGGUGCAAUGCUGCAGUUUGGAGUUGUCAAGGCCAAGUUCAUCACUUCGUCUGACUCAGAUAAUAAUAUGGAUGUUACCGGAAACAAUGGGCUGAGACCAGAGAGAGAUACCGAUUCAUCGACGAGAGCCUUGCAUCCCGAUGAGCAGUUGCAGCAGCCUUCAGGAACUCCUGCCUCCACCACUGCAGUAAAUUCUUGUACUCCCAACAGUCGUCAAGAUGACUCAUCACCUCUGUUGAAACUGAAGCAAGGAAAUGCUACAAAUAUUGCGAAACCCUUAUCUUUGAGCCUCGAUAAUCAGUUUAAGAAUUCCUGUUACAAAGAUACGAAUGUUGAAUCUUCAAGAAAGGCAGGGUUUUGUUCACCAUCUCCUGAAAAUGAAGCCAAUACCCAGCCUAAUAAAAGUUCACAGUCUGUCAUUGUUGAAAACUUCCUUUCUUGCACUCCUGUGAUGGAGGUGACACGGAAAAAAAUUUGCAGUCCGUUUAGAAAAAAAGGUGAGAAGGAUCGUAUCUACGCUCGCAAGUGCUUCUUCAUGCCCAGCCCAACCAAACAUGUUGUUGAGGAGAGUGACGAAGAAGGGACCGUCAAGUCUGAUGACAGUGACUCUUGUGACUUGGAUGACAGCAUCAUCAGUCCAACUCAACAUCCAACAACGUCGUCCACGUUGCUGAUGAUAAACAAAACUUCGUCUCUAUCCGUCCAGGGAGGCGGGCCAUCACGAGCUGUGCGGUCUCCUGAACAUCCCGGUUUGCCUUCAGUCGUGCCCGAGACGCCGCUCUCAGCGCACGAUCAAAGCUCCGCUUCUGCCGGCGAUUUGUCAAGUUUGAUUCCCAACUCGCAGAUCUCUCCUGCUACGCCUUCGUUCAGGAACCCAAUGGCUGCUAAAAAUGCUUCUCACAAUAAGAAUUCUACAAGAACUAUCGAUAGUUUUAGCUACAGGUUCACCGAAGGAUACAAUAGUGACGCUGGCACAGACACUGACGAUGAUGGCGUCGAUGUUACAGUGAAAUUGCACGAUGAAAUUGCAGCAACCAGCAAAGUAGCAAAACACGGUGAAAAUAUCGACAAAAAAGACAAUCUUACGGAGAAAUCUACUCCUGAAAUAUUUAGUGAGCUAACACAAGUGUGUCGGUCGACUCAAUCUACAGAUAUUGUCAACUCUAACAUUGCCGACCAAAAUGACACUUUGGUGUCGACUCAAGACGUCUUAGAAGCCUUUGAUAACCAGUCAAGUGACGCAGCUGUUGACAUCAGCUAUGAAACUCAGGAUAUUUUGUCUGCAUUUGAUAAAACUGCUGAACAUGCCGGAAAAUCAGUCACUUCUGAAUUCAAAAAACCAUUCUCAACUCCUGCUAGAAAGAUAAAAAAGACUUGUCAGGCUAAUACCGAUGUAUCCUCUUACGAUGAGUUCAGAUCUAUUGAUAACGUCUCGACUCCAAUUGUCUCGGAUUUAUGUGAUUAUCCCACUCAAGUUUACAAUUCUCCUCCAUUGACAGCAGAAGAGGAUUUGUCGUUAGCUUCCACGCAGCUUUUCACCGGGAGUACAAACUCUGCAGAAAUGCCCACCCAGCCAUCCAUUCCCGAAGAUCAGGAUACAUUUUCUGAAGACAGCGUCAGUGACUUGUGUACUCAAAUUUUUAACGAAAAUUCUGAUAAUUUUGAUAGAUAUCCAGGCAUGCAGACUCCGGUAUCUCGGUCUCAAAAACUUAAAAGAAAGAGCCGGGAUGGAGCUUUGACUCCUCGACUCUUGAAUACCACUGAACCUGAGAGUCCCAGCUGCCUUCCUACUCAGCUUUUCACGGAAGAUGAGGAGUCCCAGCAAAAGGAGUUGAAUGAAAGCAUGACCUCUGGACCUCACAAUCUUUCAACUAAUACCUCGGCAAUGGCUAGCUCGGAGACAUUGAAACCAAAAGAUCUUCAAAGCGAUAAAUUUUCUGUGUCGGAGAUGGAGACUCAGUUGUACUCCAAUUGUGCGGAGUCUUCAAAUACUCAUAAACUCCUUAGUAUUGGAGACAAAACUCUGAGUGAGAUGGAAACGCAACCUUACUUCGGAUCUGAGUCCAUUGAAGAAUUACCAUCUAUGACUGAAAGUGAGGAAGCUUCAGCACCUCCAGCGGAGCUUGAAGAAAGCUCCUGCAACUCAGCUACGCAGCUCUACGUGGGGGAGGUUAUAGCUGAGGAUGAUGGCGCGGUCGAUGUAGAUGCCACUCAGUUAUUUGACUCGGCAUCAAAUGGGUCCCAACCGACGGUUGCGGAGGGUUCGCACCAACAACUGUACGAUCUUCCUACUCAAGAAAUGCUUGAAGAAGAGAACGAAGAAAAGACUUCUGAUCGGGCUGAUGAGAGCAAGUGUGAUGGCAAUCCUAGAGAUGGAGACAGAACACUAACACCAGUUGUUAACGGGGCGCUAGAUCCAGACUUGCCAACUCGAGAGACAUGCGGAAUUCAAGGGUCUCCUUCGCUGUUGAAUAACGAUUUUUGUGUUGAUAAACGCAUGAUUUCAGACUCAGUUCUUCAUAAGGAACUCGAUGAUAUGGAUUUGACUCCUUCCUUGAAUCCGGAUGCACGACUAAGCCAUAGUCGAACUGUAAAUGCCGAGUCAUUGCCGGCCGAGCUUCCAAAGUUUGACGAAGAUAUGGACACUGACAGCUGCAAUUCUUCGAUUGCAUCCGACACAUUACUUUCUGAGUUACCUUCAGAGGCGCAACUCGAGGAUAGAGUCAUGGCAAAUUCUGAACCAGACUCUUCAACAGAGUUUAGCAUGGAGAAAAGUAAAUUUCUUCAGCAAUCGCUUUCCGAAAAUGACGAGAAUCGUGAAAAUCGCAAUUUUGAUCGAACAGUAGAAAGUGCGACUUAUGAUAAGAGUGAAGAACCUGAACUGACGAGCGACAAUCAAAGAACGUCUCGAACAAGUGACUCUCUGGGGACAUCAGAAAUAGAAAGAAACAUGGCUCAGGAAUCGACGCCAGAGCAGGACUAUGGCGCGGACCUCAGCACAGACGAUGAGGGGGAACGCGCCGAUGACUCCUGCCAGCAAUUGCCGGUCACCACAAACUCAUCAAAUCAAGACAGUACACAUUUAAGCUCUGUCCCUGCAAAUACGAAGGCUGAGAACGCGAGAUCUGAAUUGAAUACAAGUAUUAAUUUGUCGGAAUCAACUCCAUCAGCAACUCAUGUUGACUUAUCAAGAAAUGAUACAACUUCGUCGGUGGCUCCUGGUGACCUGCCAAUGCCUGGUACAAUUUCGUCGGUGUCGCAAGAUGAGACAUCAGUGAUUAAAUCUGCUUCACCAAUGACCGAUAUUGGCUUAUCAGUGACCAAUACAGACUUAGCAGUGGCUGAUGUAGCUUCCUCUGUAGUUGAUGCCUUAUUGGUGGCCGAGAAAGCUUUGUCAUCACCUAGGAACAAAAAACCAGUUUAUUUACCUUCCACCUCAGCGGAUAAAAGUGACGUAACUCCUACCCUUGGUAUAUGUGCCACUUCAGGUCGUGAUUCUCAGUUCAGCGCUUGUGAGCCAGACAAAACUAACGCUGAAGUUGCCAAUACCUCUGGACAUUCUUCUUUCCAAUUCGGAUCCAAUCCUUAUCAUGUUAACGAAUCUGACAGCGACGACGGUGUCGAAAAUAUGUCCGUUGACACCAUCAUUUUUACGUCUGAUGUCGAGUGCGGAGAGCAGCCUGAUGGCCUCUCCUCGCCAGCUAAAAGUAUUGCCUCUUCUUCUCGCAAAACUCCAGAGCGUGUCCCGAAAAUUCUAUGUAAUUCGGAUGAUGAAAAAGUUACUAUUGCGGCAAACCCCCGUCAGUCGACAUUGCUUAAAAAGAAGUCUGUAUUGCCAAAGAGUUUUGUGAUUUCCAGUGAUGAAGAAGAGGAAGUAUCAGCUACUUCACAAGCGCUGUUUAGCAUGAAUAUGUGCACUGUUGAUGAAUUGAAUUCUUCGAAUUUUACUCCUGUUGAGGAAACUAUCAAUAAAAGCGACCAGGCCUCAGCAAGCUCCUCAUGUUUGCCUUCUCGGAUGUCUACUUCUGGUAGUUCCUCACAGACAAAAUCUACUGAAGAUACAAUAGCUUGCAAUAAAAGCAAACGUUUGAUACCUUCAAGAAGACUGCGUUCACAAAUGUUGGCUAAUAGAAGCGAUGAAGUCCGCACGUCUACAAUUAUCAUUAGCAGCGACUCAGAAGAGGAAUCUGAGAAUCUUAUAAUCAAGUAUGAAGACAUAUAUAAAGAAGCAUCUCGGGCUAAGAAAAAGAUAUCAUCUCCUCCUGUAGAGGCUCUUGAUGCUGAGGGGGAACGGAGUUUUGAUGCGUCGGCUGCUGGAACAAGUAGAGCUACUUCGCUCGUCAGUGGAAAACGAACUCGAGGAAGACCAAAGAGAAUGAAUGUCAAGAAUGGUGGGCAUUCUUCUACCCAGGAGGAUUCGUUACUAGUCAAUAAAUCUGCUGAAACAAAUGGUGAUACUAGCGUUAGUGUAGUUGUUGUCAAAGAAAGCAAUGAAGUUGCGGAUAGAAUUGGUAAUGGUGUUGGGAACAAAAGAACCUGUUCAGCUUCUUCCAGUAACAAAUUUAGUUGUAGAGCAUCGGCAGCGACUAAUGCCGGAAUUGUCGUGUCGCCGGGUCCGACUACGCGGAGCGGGCGAACUCGCCGUGCUCCCUCUCGAUUUUCAGAUUAUGCUACGACGCUUGAUAAACAAACUGCUCACUCUGAAGAACAUCGUGAAACUAACGUCAGGGUUAACAAGAAAAAGAGCAAGUCUCAAGAAAAUAUAUGUAAUGAAUCAAAGUUGGUUGAUCACGAGAAAGCACAAGUAUCAGAAACAAAGAAUAGUGACGAGAAUAUUGAGCUGAACAUUCCACCUUCGUCGACUGAUUUAAAAGCACUGAGGGCGUAUCGCACCGACAUUGCAAGAAAUAACUCAGCAAAUCAACGUGAUUGUGACCAUGUAGUACAACGCAGUUUGCCUGUAGGACAGCUUGAUGUGCCGUCUACGAGCUCCAGUGCACCUUCAGUAAUAAUAUUUGAUGCUGUGUCAAGCCCAUCGGAAACAGAUUCUGAGAAUGAAGCAACUGAAAUGUCAAAUCGUAAAACUGUUACGAAGGCAAUUAUUUCAUCUCAGUCUAAAGUGCCCUCCACUACUGAUGUGGCAGCUAUAUCAACUCGAACUACCAGAUCAAAAAAUAGAGCCAGUAUCGAAACAUCGACUUUAUUGGAAGGCAGGCCUCCGAUCAGAAAGCCCAAGGGUCGAAAAAGUGUUGCCGUGUCUUCGUCAGAAUUCAAAAUCAUCCCACGUCAAAACAAGUCUAAUGAUGUUCUCCAAAAUAAUGUUUCUGAUCUGAAUCAAAUAAAAGAUAACUUGAUUAGCUCCCGAACCGCCAAACGAUCGACAAAAUAUAAACCUAUCAAGGAUGCAACUGCAACAACUUCGGGCGAGGCUGGGGUACGGCUGAACUCUACUCGCGCUUCUGCAAGAACGUCGGCCCAAAAUUCGGCGCGAAAACGUGAAGCGUUGAACGUUGUUUCAGAAGAUGAAGAUGGAAUCUCAGCUCUUAAAAAUGGAAGUAAGAAAUUGAAGACCACAGACGAUACUGGACCAUCGUCUCAGUCCCCAGCAUCAUCGCAAUCCUCAGUGGACUCGCAAGAAUCUCAAAGCUCACUUUCAUCAGCCAGUACUGUUGUUUUAGCCACUAACGGAAAAACUUCUAAGAGUGAGUUAGUUCAUCCAAAGACUGGGGCAGAGAAUAGAAAAUCUGAUAAUUUGGGUUCAACGGACGGUGCUAUGAUGUUAGAAACAGCGAAGAAGCGUGAAUAUCCGGGCCCCUCUGAUAUUAAAGGAAAGAGAGGCAGACCUCGCAGUAAUACGAGAACUCCCGAAACAAAACCUGAAGCUCGAGACGAGCUAAAUGAAACGAAUCUCUCUAUACAAAGUGGGGAGAGUUUCGCGUCGUCCAUUGGACGAAGACGUCAGGGAGGCUCGGGUCUUCCGCGCCGCUCCUCCGCCGCGUCUACGAACAGGAGAUUUGCUUCAGACGGUCUCGAGGAGACAAACCUGCUGCUGAGCUCGCCGGCUGAACGGCAGGCGCGAGCCAACACCAAGCCUCGUGUGCUCUUCACAGGCACCGUGCCGUCUCCUGAGAAUCUCAGAACAGUCAAGAAACUUGGCGGGGUGGUGGUGGAGAGCGCCGUGCAGUGCUCGGUGCUGGUGUCUGAGACAGCUAAGCGCACCUGCAAGCUGCUGGCGUGUGCUGCUCGCGGCGUGCCUGUCGUCACCGAGGCUUGGCUCGCGUCCUCCGCUGCUGCUGCUGCCUUUACUGAUCCUUGGGAGUUCAUCGUGCAAGACAGAGACAUGGAGAAGAAACAUAAAUUUGAUCUCAAGAAAACACUGACCCAAGCGAGGGAACGCAAGGUGUUUGCUGGCCUUAGUAUCCAUGCUACGGCGAGCGUCAAGCCAGAACCCGACCAAAUGAAAGACUUGGUGGAGUGCGGAGGUGGAGAAUACCUGGAAAGGCCGCCUCGAAGCCACUACCCUGGCGUUGUGGUGGUAUCCUGCGCCGAGGACAACAAACGCUGCUCUUCAUUCCGUAAACUUAACAUCCCCGUGGUGUCCGUGGAAUUUGUACUCACCGGCAUCUUGCGUGCAGAAGCUAAUGUUCCGCUUUACCUUCUGACCUGAUUCUUUUUUGGGUUUGACGUAAUUGUAAUCGCGUGGUUUUCAUGUUAAUAAUGGAUUAUCUUGGUUUAAGCACUCUCACAAUUGUUCAGUUCUCUCACGAAGCUAUUUUAGGUUUAAAUGUAUAAGCCAACGUUGAGUUUGUAGUUUUAUUCGUAUUCAUAGUCUUGCUUGACGGAGAAACAGAUCUGUAAGCUGCUUUCUGCAAAGGAUUUUUAUAAAGUUGAUUUAGUGAAAUGCUUCAUGCACCUGAUUUUUGAACCGGCACGAUAUGUUAGUUAUCUACUAUAACGGAGUCUAAAUAUCUAUUAGGUAGAAUUCACUAUUUCAAUCACGAAUUUCAUGUGUAGGUAUUAUCAUAAUUCGGAAUGUGCCUUAACUUAGAGGAACUAUUAGGUUACGUUGCUAUUUUUGGAUGCUUUCUUGCAUUUUAUGUAUUUCACUUAAUUUCUCUUAGGUUCUUAUGCUACGUUUCAAUCAAUUUUAAAUUCCUUAGCUAUAUUUUACCUUCCAUAGCAGCUAUAUAAGUUUCACUCGCUCACUGCACUGUAGUUAAACAAAAAUGGACUGCAGGAUUUAAUAAAGGAUAAAAUUACA